AUGGGGACGCGGGAGGUGUACGAGGAGAAGCUCCGCAGCGGCGCGCACCUCCACCGCGACCCCACCAUCAACCCCGGCCUCGGCUCCGCUCGCUGCCCCCGCUGCCUCUCCCUCCUCAACCCCGCCACCAGCUCCGUACGUACUCCCCAACCCCCCUUCCCCCCCUCUCCCGAUUCCUCCUCCUCCAUCUGCCCCGCGGUUCGUUCUGACCGGAUGUUUGUGCUUUUCGCUUGGACGGCCGCGCAGGGAGGGCGCGACUGGGCCAUCACCUCCGUCCUGCACGACGCCACCGCCGUGACUGGUUCUGGCGCCGGCGCGAUGCUCAGUGCGGUGCACGGGUUUAAUACAGGGAUCCCGUUUGUCCAGAAGCAUGUCAAGGGGCCCAAGUGGCUGCACUUACUUGUUGGGGUCCCUCCUUUGAUCUUAUUCUCUGGUGCCAGUGCUUUAUUUGGGGCAUAUGCGCUCCCAACGUUUGCCCAGCUCACUGUGACAUCCUAUUAUGCUGCAUCAAGUGCCUCUCACUACGCAGUUUCACAGAUCACACGCCACAUCGAGAAGGCCCAUUUAUCUGGCGCUCCUGACGAGAAGGCUUGA